AUGUUUCCGCAGCUGAUGGCUUUCACCUUGGGGCGGCUGACUAGCUGCGUGCCCUUGACACCCUUCCUAAAGCUGCUGAAGCCCAACGUGAUGAUGGGAUGUCUGGCCUUGUUGGGUAUGAGCUCAGCGAGCUUUAGCCUAGUACGACUGGGAGCAACGAUGACCUUUGUCCCUGACGUGGUGUCUAAGAUUAGUCUUUGGUCCAAAGAAACAGCUGAAAUUUGUGUCCCAUGGCUGCCAGACCUGAAGGAGAUGGACCAGAAGGAUCAGCUUCCAAUGAAAGAAAUUGGUAUUUUGUGUGGAGGGGCCUUUCUGGGAAUCUUGUGGUUGCAGAGGAAGCAGCAAGGGCAACAUCGGAGAUGGCCUAGCAUGUUCAGAUGA